UCACGAAUUGUAUACGUUCCCUUAUUUCACUCUCCUGUUUGUAUGUGAUUGUUUACCGCUUGAACCGGAGGGACUCGUCAACGGCUUUUCGAGGUCAAACUACUUCCGGUCGGUAAGGGUAUGAAGUUCCGUGCUCGCCAUCUUGGAUUGGGUUGGAUUGGAUUUUGGGAGCGCGUCAUCGGGUUCUGGCAUGAUAAGUCUCAUUUAACCUGGAGCAAGCUGAGCCCUUGCCACUCUCCCUCUCUAGCAGCAGCAGCAGCAGCAGCAGCAAUACUUAGCCGGCGUUCUUCUCUUUUCUUGUUCGUGUCUUCUCCUACUUUUAUGACGAUGCGAUUGAGUUCAUAUAUAUUACGUUUCUUUUCUUCUUAUGCCCUGCUAUGAUGGUGCGGGCUAUGGUCGUUGGAUGAAUGAAAUGAAAGGAGUGGUUUUCUUCCCUCUGUGCCGUGUCCACUCCUGUUUUGUGUCCUCUCUCGAGGUAUGUUUGCGUGGGUGGGUUGAGUCUAUGUGUCUGAGUGUUGCGAUUCUAAGGGUAGGUGAGCCGCGCUGUACUUGCAACACUCUUGUGGCGGUCAUGGGUCUGGACACCCGGAAUGCUGAUAAGCAAAACCGUGCCAUGCCGACUAUGGGCGAGGAGGUUGGAUGCUUUCCUCCGUCCAUUGCCGUCCCAGGGACGAAUAUAUCUUUUAAUAAGGGGACUGGGAUUUUCUGUUGGCAACUCCUUGUUUUUGAAAGAUACCUGAACAUGACCGAUAUGGUGACGAGGGGGCAUGAACAUGACGAUAAUCUUCGGAGCCGGUUUCUUCCGUGGUGGGCUGGCCUUCGGGGAACAGAAGAGCAGAGGAAGGGUAAUAGGGGGUAUAUACCACAUCUUAUGUUGAGGUAUUCCAAUCCUGAUGUGAGAAAGACCUGCCUGGCACGGAGAAACGAUCAGAGGGAGUCGCCCGGGCUGUCUUUGGGAGACAUUCCGCUACGACUUGAGCCUCGGCAGCGGUGGUGCGGCGAGCCUUGACUCAGAAGUGGUGAGAGAACGCCAUGCCUCUCUUGGAGCGGGACGGACAACGAGCCGGCAGGAUGGCGUCCGGAUAACAGUAUAGUAA